AUGACAAAAGUUGGUCGUGGAAAAACGAGCAUCGAACCUUUUUCGGAGACAUGUCAACGUGUCGAAAGGAGAACGCGUGAACGACCAUUUUUCUUACAAUUUAUUAACGAUUAUAAUACCGCGACACGAGAAAGGGAGAAUAACUGUCAUGAAUCGACGUGGCGAAGUACGAGCUUGAAGGAUCAUCCACCGUUGACCAUGAUCGUUCCGCUACUAAUCAGCGCAGUUUGCGUCGAAAGUAAUUCCAAGAAAUUAUCGUUCGUACCAUCGGGAGAAAAUGAAGCACUGGCUCAAUCGCAUCGACAAAGUUCUACUUCCUUGAAGGAGAAGUCUGUUGCCGAUGAUGAUUCAGAUCUCGUAGAGAAACGACACUCGAACAAGAACAACGAUCGAGAUUCGGGACUACGUCGUGGUAGUACGAAUUCUUUAGAAAACAGACUUCUAAGAUCAGAUGGCGGAAGACUAGCUCACAAAAUGGCCAAAGACGCGUUGAAAUCUCCGAAGAUGCAAGACACUAUAAGGAAACUGUCGCGUGUCACGCCCAAAGGAACUUUUCGUGCGAAUGUUAAAGUGCUAAAGCCAAGGAUAUUGAAAACUGGCGCGAAGGCAGCUGAAGAGAGAAGACAUCAGAAAGGGAUGAGACACAAGGGGCGAAGAAAGAAAAAGAGGAAAAGAGAACGUUGGACAGCGAAAGGGGCAUUAACACGUUAACACAGAAAUCAGACGGAAGGGGGAAUUCUAUGAUUAAGCGUAACCCAGUUACUCUUGACGAGAACUCACGCGACAAAUCGUCCACCUCGAGAUCGACUGUUAAAGUUACCGGUAUAAAAGUCGACGACAACGAUUACAUUGAUUUCUCUUCGCCUAUGAGUAUCGAGUACCAUCGAGAGUCGCAAAAGACUGAGAGUUCUGCAAAACUGCAGGAGAACGGGCGAAUGAUCGAACGUUUGAUGAGAACAACCACGAAGGGUCCGUGGAAAAAGAAUCCAGGCGACCAAGGGGUCGAGUACUCGGAUUAUUACAGCGACGACGAAGUACUCCAGGAUAUCGACGCGAAUAAAAUUCCGAUGCAGCUGGUAGACUCGAGAAAUCCUAACGAUCGAUUCGCACGGCAAGCAAUAAAUUUUACGUCGUACCGUGACAAUCAGAUCGGCAGAAACUUGCAACCUUACUAUCCGGAUUACGAUGAUCGUAGAAAGGAGUUCAGGUACAAGGAUGACAGUGUCAAUUAUCUUAAUGAUUUUCAGAAUUAUCCGGCAAUCGAUCGUUUCUCGACGCUAAAUCGGAACUCUCGCCUCUUUGGAGCCGAUGAUCCUUCUCUCAGCUACGCGACCAAUUACAAACCUUUGGAGUAUCGAAGCGGAAACUUCAACAUGCCACAUUCAGCCGAUGUGGCGGCAAUUCCGGAACGAUCGCAAGUACUCGAGGUGAAUACGUUCGAUCCGAAUAAAUUAAACGACGAGCAACAACCUGUUGUCGAAAUACAGAACUCAGAUCAAUUUCGUUAUUUGAAUCAAUACGGAACUCCUCAACAACAUUUCCAAAGCUCAAAUCCUAACGAGCUUCAGAGUCUAACUGUAAACGAGCCUGGUGAGCCACAAGUUCCUCAGUUUCAAAAUAUAAAUAAUUAUCAGCAGAUAGAGUCGAACUUGCCGCGGCAAGAGAGCCUUGAUCAGAGUGUAGUGAAUCAACCUGAAACACACAACAACGCGGGGAUGCCAGAUGUGAAAGAGAAAGAUACGGAAGUCCAUACUCAAUUCAAUUACUCUCCGCUUCAAUUGUACAAUCCGAAAGAUCAACAAGACUUGAGGAAUUUCCCAGCACAAUCUAUGUACAAUGUUCCAGCAGCGAGCGUUCCCAAUGCGAUGGAUCAGCCUCUUGGAAAGAUUCUAGAAUCGCUGGGAAUCAAUGUGAACGGCCGUUUAAAUAAUGCCAAGCGAAAUGAAAAUUUACACGAAAAUAUUAAUCAUCAAGUGUUGCCUUAUUCCGAUACGUACGCGAACGGGAUACCGGUGGAGCAUUUUAUAAGCCCUAGUUACUUAAAGAAGAAGCAGAAUAAUGAGCAAACUAAUUUUCACGAGGAUAGUAAUACGAGAGGAUUGGAAUAUCCAGCAAUUAAAUCUAGAAACAGAAAUAAGGUGAGACAGGGUUAUUCGAGGCAGUCGAAUAAAAAUGAGAUACGCAACAAUGACAUUUCGUCACGUCUGGACGAUUACAAGGACUCCAGUGAUAACACGAACGUUUCCAUCGUGGUGCACGAUACGAAAGAGGUGGCCAAUCAAAUACUCGAUACCAUAAUGGAGGAAUUAGAGGAAUUGAAAGAAGAUCGGUCGAAGAACAACAAAAGAGAAGGCCUACCUUGCCGUUUGUCAGGGUCCUGGUCAACAGCCCAGGCUGGAAUGAAAUUGAAUAUGAGGGUCGUGAAUCGUACUAUAAUCGUGACUCUUUCCGAUCUCGCGUCACCGCAUUUACACGAAAGUUUCCUGAAUGGAACGUGGAACGUAUCUGGUCACGUCCCAUUCAAACGUGGCUCGCCGUUCACCCUCAUCGCCACUAAUAACUGCACCAAUUCCAUAGCUGUGUUUGUUGGUGCCUGCAGAGUCUGCCAGGGUAUCGACACCAUAGCAGGUGUCUGGUCUGUAGCUCGACAACCAAAGGGUUGCAAAGACUUUCAGAUAGCCACCAGUGUCUUUAACGAUAUUUUUCGUAAAACAAAAUUGUCCAGUCUGAAAGAGAAUCAAGGCAAGAAUUCUACGGACAAUGGAACAACAAAGCACAGAAAGAGGAAAAGUCAGAGAUAA